UCAACCCAGCAGUGUUGACAAUAGGGUGAAAAGAAACAUCCCUGAAUCAUAAACGAGCUAAGGAAAAUACCAAAAUCCAGGGGUUUGGGGAAGACAAGCAAUUGAAUCAGUAACGGGAAUGUAAUUGCGUUAACCUAAUCGUUUUAUAUAGCCGCAUUUUGUUAUUAAUGGGAGUUUGAGGAUUAUUCCGUUGGAAGGAAAAAGAUACUCGUGGGUUUGGCUGUUUCAGGCCAAAUUUUCCUGCUGUUCCGCCGCUGCUUGGGAAAGGCUGUUCGCACCGAGCUGGAGGUAGCCUAACAGAUAGCCCGAUAGAUUUCCAAACAUAGGAUAACUCCUCGCCGCCGUCUCCGUUGCGAACCGCAAAGGAUCAAGCAGGGCUAUGUCCUCGGCAGCCACCACAUCUCCAUCUGUGGACAAAGUGGACGGAUUUUCACGGAAGUCUGUCAGGAAGGCCAAGCAGAAGCGGUCGCAGAGCUCGUCCCAGUUCCGCUCUCAGGGCAAACCCAUAGAGCUCACGCCCUUGCCACUGCUCAAGGACGUGCCAGCGCCGGAGCAGCCGGAGCUGUUCCUGAAGAAGCUGCAGCAGUGCUGUACUGUGUUUGACUUCAUGGACACGCUGUCGGACCUCAAGAUGAAGGAGUACAAGCGCUCCACGCUCAACGAGCUGGUGGACUACGUGACCGUCAGCCGGGGCUACCUGACAGAGCAGGCCUACCCCGAGGUCGUCAAAAUGGUGUCUCACAACAUAUUCCGGACCCUUCCGCCCAGCGACAGUAAUGAGUUUGACCCCGAGGAAGACGAGCCCACACUCGAGGCCUCCUGGCCACACUUACAGUUGGUAUACGAGUUCUUCAUCCGGUUCCUGGAGAGUCAGGAAUUCCAGCCCAGCAUUGCCAAAAAGUACAUAGACCAGAAGUUUGUCCUACAGCUCUUGGAGUUGUUUGACAGCGAGGAUCCUCGGGAGAGAGACUACCUGAAGACAGUCUUGCAUAGAAUCUACGGCAAAUUCCUGGGGCUGAGGGCUUUUAUACGAAAACAGAUCAAUAAUAUUUUUCUACGUUUUGUUUAUGAGACGGAGCACUUCAACGGGGUGGCUGAGUUGCUGGAGAUCCUCGGGAGUAUAAUCAAUGGUUUCGCUCUGCCACUGAAAGCGGAGCAUAAACAGUUUCUGGUCAAAGUGUUGAUCCCCCUCCACACUGUCAGGAGUCUGUCCCUCUUCCACGCACAGUUGGCGUAUUGCAUUGUACAGUUCCUAGAGAAAGACCCAACAUUAACAGAACCAGUCAUCAGAGGCUUACUGAAGUUCUGGCCAAAAACCUGCAGUCAAAAAGAGGUGAUGUUUCUAGGGGAGCUGGAGGAAAUCCUGGACGUUAUCGAGCCAACACAGUUCGUCAAGAUCCAGGAGCCGCUCUUCAAACAGAUCUCCAGAUGUGUGUCCAGCCCACACUUCCAGGUCGCAGAGCGAGCUCUGUACUACUGGAACAACGAGUACAUCAUGAGUCUGAUCGAGGAGAACUCCAGCGUCAUCCUGCCCAUCAUGUUCGCCAGCCUCUACAGGAUCUCCAAAGAGCACUGGAACCCGGCGAUCGUGGCGCUGGUGUACAACGUACUGAAGGCCUUCAUGGAGAUGAACAGUACCUUAUUCGAUGAACUCACAGCCACUUACAAGUCGGACCGCCAGCGUGAGAAGAAGAAGGAGAAGGAGCGGGAGGAGCUGUGGAAGAAGCUGGAGGACUUGGAGCUGAAGCGGGGCCUUAGGAGCGACGGGAUCAUCCCAACUUAACAAAGACAGCGCUGCGCUCCCCUCUGCCCUUCCCCCCUGCUCUCCCCCUGUGACUCCCCCUCCCUCCAUCCUUACCCCAGCUCCCCCCCUCCACAUCAGCCAUGUCUGCCCAGAGCUCCGAGAAUCCCCGACACAGGCCAUCGUCUCUGGACCGACACGGAGCGCCCGCUGGUUUCUUAACUGUUUUUUUUUUUUUCUUAUGUUUUUUUUUCUCCUGUGUUUGUGCGACUUACUUUACAGUAGAUUCAUCACAUCUGUUUUCAUUAUUUCAAUAGCACUGUAAAUAAUUAUUUUUUUCUUUUUUUCCCUUAACCUGAUAUUAUUGCAAACGGAAAAACAGAACAAUAAAUAAUAAAAGGAAGAAAAAAAUAGAAAAUGAGAAAAUGACUUGUGUGGGAGGGGAAUUUAAACGACAAAAAAAACAAAAAAAAAAACUUUUGGACUGUAGGACAUGAAACGAACUCUUGGAAAACAAAAAACAACAAAAAAGAGAAGAUAGAUUGAUUUUAACUCUUCAUCCCACUCUUCUUCAGUACAGUCCCGAGCGUAACUUUUAUUUUCCUGGUUCUCCUCUUUGCUUUUCCUCUCGUUGCCUCCAUCUUUCUGUUCCCUCCCUCCUUCCCUCCUCCCUAAUGGUGCAUCUGUCAUUUCUGCCCCCGUGUGGACGUCCGGACUGAUAAAGGGUCCCCUCUCCUCCCUCUCCUCUGUGGCCCCGCCCACCUGUCCACAGGUUCUCCUUCCUGUUUCAAACGGGGAAAAAAAACUGAACACGAACACAUUUUAAAACGACAACAGGGACUUUCUCAGUGCACACACACAUCUCCUCUGUGAGUGCGUUUACAUGUGUGUUCAGGGAAGGGUCAAAGGUCAGCGAUUCUGCGCUCAGAUUUUUGAUGCUGAAGGAACAUGCUAAAUCCAUGUACGCAUGUUGCCAUGGCAACGGCGCAAACUGGGCCGGCUGACCAGCAGAGAAAGAGAAAGGAAAAAAAAAAAGUGAGUGUCUGCUGCCUGACGGUUAGUUAGCGUCACUCAGCUCAUCAUGAGAUGAAUUACCGCUUCCUGUAAACAUCAUUUGCAUCUGGAGGGGGAGUGGCGGACUCCGCCGCCAGCCUCUGCUCUCAACUGGGCUUUGAAAUAAUGAAAAUUAAGGAUUAGUUCGACCACAAGUGAGGAUUAUUUUUCCCUUUAACUCUGAUGCCAUCUGGUGGUUAACAGAGUCAUCAGAAUAAUCUGAAAUAUGACGAGAUCAUAUAAAUAUCCUACACAUGUUAAAUUGAUCUAAUGAGUGAAUUAACUGGGGGAACAAAUGUCCCAGUCAGGCAACAUCAGAGGUUGAUUGAAGGCUCAGAUGGUUUCAUGUUUUUACCACUGAUCACCUGAGCGGGGACACGAGAACGAGCGUUGCUUCCUGUUUUGCUGUUGCUUGGAUGAACUCACUUCCUGCUUAUUUCUAAUCAUUGAUUUGGCCUCUCUUACGCCCGGUGUCACUCCCGUUCAGCGCGUCAAUCCAGAACGCUCCGCAUGUAAACGCACUCUGUUCAUCUGCACCUCCUCCUACGCCCCCCCCCCCCCUUCCUCCUCCUCCAAAACUGAUGGACUGCUUUUCAUCACUCGGUUGUACUUCUUCUUCUUCUUCCCUCAGCCUUCUUUUUUUGACCUUUGACCCCUCUCGACCUGCCGAACCAGGUCUCCCCGGUAUCAGUCUGGCACUGGUACCCUCGGGCCAUAACGGGGACUUACAAACAAAAACAAACAAAAAAAAUCUCGAGAGGAGCGCCAAAAAUCUUCCUCCCUGUUGUGAAAAGACGAGCGCCCCGCCUCACUCCACUCCUUCCCCCCUCCGCCCACCGGGGGGCGCCGCGUUGACUUCACAGUAUUACAACAACAGUGACAAAAAAAGACAACCCUGUACAUUGUUAUUGAAUGCAGUACACUGAUAAUCUUGUAUCUUGUAGUAAUUUAGCCUAUGUUUUUUGCUUAGGAAACUGUGGAGAGGAGUAUCCAGUAUAUAAAGAGGUAUUAUGGAACAAGACUUCCUGGUAUUUAUGAUAGUGUUCCCCCCCUUUUAGUCUGUUUUUCUUUCUGUCUCUCACUCCUCCCUCUUCUCUUGGUUUUUAUCUCAUUUUGGAUAUUUUGAUGAAGUUUCUUUUGACCAUUGGAUAUAUUUUUUUUAGU